GCGGGAGGAGCAAGCGGCGUGUUUCCGGUAAGAACAGGCCAGGGAACAACAGUAACAUUAAAUUUAUAUGCUGACAUAUAGAGAGCGGUUGUAAAAUAUUUAUCCGGACACAUAGUUUAAAAUUAAUCACGCUUAAUUUAGCUUCCAAUAGGGAGUUGGAAGACGGGGCUGCAUAAACACGGCAAUGGAAGCCGAGUUUCGGGAAAUCGAUGAACUUGGGAGUUGGAACGCCAUUUACCAGGAAAUUCGUCAGCAGUCCAGCGAGCUCCCCUGCAAAUAUGCCAAAUUACCCGAAAACAAAACAAGGAACCGCUACAGAGACGUGAGCCCAUUUGACCACAGCAGAAUCCGGCUGCAGCUAGGAACAAACGACUACAUCAACGCCAGCUUGAUCUCAGUGGAAGAGGCGCAACGAAGCUACAUCCUCACUCAGGGUCCAUUGCCGAACACUUGCGGUCACUUCUGGGAGAUGGUGUGGGAACAGAGGACGCACGGAGUGGUCAUGCUGAACCGUGUCAUCGAGAAGGGCUCUGUGAAGUGUGCUCAGUACUGGCCCCCUCGUGAGGAACGGGAGGCUGUCUUCAAGGACACCAACUUCAAACUGACCUUGAUCUCGGAAGACGUGAAAUCCUACUACACUGUACGUCAGCUGGAGCUGGAGAAUCUGUCGACUCAGGAAACACGGGAGAUCCUUCAUUUCCACUACACCACCUGGCCAGACUUUGGGGUGCCCGAGUCCCCCGCCUCAUUCCUCAACUUCCUGUUCAAGGUGCGGGAGUCUGGGUGCCUGAACUCGGACCAGGGCCCGGUGGUGGUGCACUGCAGCGCGGGCAUCGGCCGCUCCGGAACCUUCUGCCUCGUCGACACCUGCCUCCUGCUGAUGGCCCUCCGGGGGGACCCCACGUCCGUGCAGAUCCGGGACGUCCUGCUGGAGAUGCGCCGGUACCGCAUGGGCCUCAUCCAGACCGCCGACCAGCUCCGCUUCUCCUACCUCGCCGUCAUCGAAGGGGCCAAGUGCAUUAUGGGAGACGCAUCCUUGCAGGAGUCAUGGAAGGAGCUCUCAAAUGAGGAGGACAUCCCCCCAGAGUUCACUCCGCCUCCCCCUCGGCCCCUCAAAGACCCCCACAAUGGCACGGAGAAGCCCCGUGCGUUCUUCGCAGGAGAGGACACCCCCGAGGAGGUCAUCGAGAGGUCGCACAACGACAUCCGUACUCACAGUUUCCCACCGGAGCCAGGGCUGCGCAGGAGGGCGGGGCCUGACGGCGUGGCCACUCCCACUCCCACCGAGCCCUCGGACGGACACGCUGACCAGAGGGCCGAGGGACAGGCGGAGCCGACCAAGGAGGAGGUGGAGAACCCAAACGGGGGGGCGUGGACACCCCUGCUGGCCAACGUGUGCCUGUGCACCGCUCUGGCCCUGAGCGCCUACGUCUGUUACCGCGCCUGUUUCCACUGAUCCACAUCUCUCCCCCCUCUCCUGCUCUCUCUCUCGCUCUCAUUCCUCCUCUCUCUCUCUCUCUCUCCUACUCUCUCUCUCUCUCAUUCCUCCUCUCUCUCUCUCUCUCUCUCCUACUCUCACUCUCUCUCGCUCUCGUUCCCUACCCACGCGUAACCACGGGGGGGGGGAAGGGUGGGGGGGCAGCCAGGCUCCGCCCAUUUUGGAAAGGUCAGAGCUCCCCCCCCCCCCCCCCCCCCCCCCCCCCAUGCGCAGCAGCUGGAAGCGAGAGAGGGGGCGCUGUCUGGUGCUCGACUCCCAUUCCUCUUUAUAAAAUGCAAACUGGGGAGAGUGGAGUUCCCCCACUGGCAUUCCCCCCACCCCACCCCCACCCCACAAACUGUCCCCUUCUCAGCUCAGGGCCUCAAUAUCAGGUGUCACAACCCAACAAUAAAACUGGCAUUCAUUCAGACCAUUUCCUCCAUCACCUAAGGAAAACUUAAGUGUGCUUGUGCGUGGAUGUGUGUACGUUUUUAUGUAUGUAUACUCAUACCCAUGCGUACACAUGGGUAUGUGUACGUCUGUGUGUGUGUGUAUAUAUAUGUAUAUAUAUCGGUGUAUGUAUAUGUACAUAUAUAUAUAAUAUGUAAUAUAUGUAUACAUAUAUAUGUGUGUGUGUAUAUAUAUAUAUACACACAUAUAUGUGUGUGCGUGUGCGAAUAUAUCUUGCCAUUUGAUAAUUUUUACCCAGACACACAGUCAGUGUAUCACUUUGCCACUGUUACUGAAAAGCAUUCUUCCAUACUUUGAUGUCAGACUUUCCAAAUAUUUUCUGCUUAUCGAGCUUUUUUUCCUUUUUAUUUUUUAUUUUUAAAAUGUGUUUCUCCCUAGUCCAUUCCCCCCUGCCCACCCCCGUUUGGCAGGGGCAUGGGGGGAAGGGGGGAGGGGGGGUUUAGAAGGGGUAUGUACAGCCGGGACCAUCUGUGAGCCUGCAGGAUAUACUUUGAAAAAGACAAGCAAACCAAACUUAUUAUUUUUAAUUUAUUUUCUUUUUUGUCUCCGUGCUUUUCCUGAAGCGGGGGCUGAAUCCUACCAGGGAAUAAGCUGGGGCCGGGGAGGGGGGGGCGGCUGGCAGAGUCUUGGCCUCGGAGGCCCACCAGGGGGCGCACAAGUCAAAUGGUGAAAAGUGCAUCAGGGCUGUACCUAAGUCUUUGAUUUCUGCAUGUUCCCUUGUGGGGCAGGGAGGCGGGUGUGGGGUGGGGGGGGGGGCCUCAUCUCCCUGGGUGCAUCGCUUCAUACUUUCUCAUCAUCUGUCCCUUUUUCGUUCUCUCCCCUCGAACGUUUCAUUUGCACGCUAAAAUGUCCGUUUCGCGGACGGCCUGCGAGGGGGCAGAAUCCCAACAGUAUUCCCGCGCGUCUGUAGAAGCCCCCGCUGUCUGUUCCAGCUGGGAGAUAUUGCACAUGCACUUGGUCUUUUUUUUCUUUUCAUUUUUUAGCUGUUCCAUCAAAUUUUCAAAAAAAAAAAAAAAAAAACUUGAAUGAUUGUAUUUUAGUUCCAAAUUUUCAGUUGCUUAAAUGCUGUGGCUUGCCAUCUUUUUGUCUUCAAGCCAUCUUUGGUUUCCUAGCACCAGAUAGGUUUUUUUUGUUCGUUUGUUUGUUUUUUUUUGUUUUUUGAAACUCAGAUUCUCAAACGCGUUCUAGUUUGAAAGAGGGAGGGGGGGGGGGAAACGCGUUCGGAGAUGGAGACCUCUUAUCGAUGCUGUAUCAGAGGACGAGUUUCUCGAAAACGCUUCUCUUGCUUUGAAACAAAGUGGAAAGGAAAGAAUGGACGAUAUCCUGGACGAAUGCCAUUCAGAGACGGGCGAAGGGCCCGGGACAGGGGAAGGCCGCGCUAACGCACAACGACGCCAGCUCAGCUCGGACGACCCCCCCGCGGGGUGGGGGCUGGGGCGGGGGGCGGGCACCGCCACCACCACCCUCCCCCCUCCCCUCCCCCUUUCGCCAGCAAUAGGAACGCAGCUUUGCUCUUAACUGACCUUAGCAGAGCCAGGCCCGUGCUGCCAUUCAGGGCCGGGGUCCGAGAGAGCGAGACCCACCAAAAAAUAAAAAAAGAAGAAGAGAAAAAAAACCCAACUUAAACCAAACACCAGCGUCGGGGAGAAACGUGGGAGUGGCAAGUCCGCACAGCGGGACGCGAUUGGCCGGGCUAGCGCCAUCAUUUUUUUAACAAAGAAAGAAAACCUACAGUCACACCUGUUUUUUUUUU